CUGAAUGAGUACUAACUACUAAACGACCGUCCACAAGCAUGAAGCAGGCAAGUCUAAGACCUGCUGCCACUCACGCCCGUCGGCGUUCUUUACUGCGCCGAUAAGCUUGAAGUCGGCCGAAUUGCCCCUCCGACUCUUUAUUCCGAUUCGCAGACCGCAGUUUCCUACUGCCCCGUGGGCCUGUGCCCACCUGCUCCACGUCCUACAGUCCCGCCCUCCACGGCUGCGCCCUCUGGCCUCCUCCACUACCUUCUCGCUGAGUAGCUGGUCUCCGGAUUUUCAGGAGAUUGGUAACCACCUCUAAAAAAGUGUGCAUUUGGAAGAAGAGCUCAUGAUACAGAGCACACCUUCCAAGGGUUAACUUGUUAUUUCAUAGCACGAUAUUGAAGAAAACAUUGGGCAGAAAACUCCUUGGAUAACUGUACUGAUAAGAUUAUUUUCUGAUACGGUGCUGGCACACCUCUCAUUGUGGACCCUUUUAAAGUUUAAAGUUGCCUAUUGACCCAAAUUUGGCAUAUAUUUGACCCAUAUAUUUCCGCAGAAAAUAUUUGGCAUAUUUUCCUUGUUCUGUAUACAAUGAGAUUAUAUAGAAGGGAUGGUUUGAUUUGAUUGGGAUGGAAUUAAUUCUGCAUGAAAAUUUGUGCUUCUUAUCAAGCUGUUAAACAUCUCUAUUCUUAUCAAAUUGUUAAGCCACAUCAACUACCUCUUUUUCUUUGAAACUGUCUAGGGUUUUUGUUUUGUUUGUCACCUCAUCAUUCCCUCCAUCUUCUCUCUUCCAUUCGCAUUGAUCUUCUCUAGGUGAGAUAUGCUUCAUCUACUUUCUAAUUCCCUUUAAUUUCGCCUAUUUUACCUUUAUAUGCAUCCAUUGUUAUGCAUAUUAAAUUUGUCCCCUUCUAGUCCAGUCGUAUUUUGUCAUCAAUGGCAAGAGGCCCUGCGAGAAACCUCCUGUUUAAUCUCUGUCUAUCUCCCAAGAAAAACUUUUAUAGGGUCAGAGUAUUCCAAUUUUCACCCCAAUACUUCCAUUCUCACCCACCAGAAUCAAAUAAGUUUCAAGAUUAUACCUCCUGCCAACCUAGAUUGUUUUACCCGCAUAUGUUCUUCCAGACCCACUUCCCCCAAUUCACAAAGUUCAGGUAUUUAAGUCUAGGCAAAUGCCCAUAUUCGACCCAGAUUGAAAAUGGCGGUUCUUGCUCCACCACAUUGGAAGCCAUGGAGAGUCAACCUUGUAAUCGGGAGACUGAAAAAAAGAAGAUUGUGCCUGAAAUUAGAGUCGAGUCGUUUUCCUGUGAUCCAGUAGAGAUAUACCGAGAGCUGAGGGAUUCCACGAAGAGCUUCAAGAAAACCAGCUCGGAUUGGGAUGCAUGUAAUGAGGUUUUCAGGAGCUUUGCUAAAUCCGGAUGGGCAUCGAAUCAAGCAUUGGCUAUUUUUAUCGGUGCUUCAUUUUUUCCCACUGCAGUCCUUAAAUUCAGUACUUUCUUCUUCAAGAACUCUACGAUUGAUGUCUUUAAAUAUUUGGUAUCCCUCGGCCCUUCCCAUGAAUCCGAAAAAUUCUUAUUCCCAAUAUUUGUUGAAUUCUGCUUUGAGCAAUUUCCCGAUGAAAUCAAAAGAUUUAGGUCUAUGGUUGAAUCAGCAGAUUUAACAAAACCACACACUUGGUUCCCAUUCGCCAGGGCAAUGAAACGUAAGAUCAUAUAUCACUGCGGACCCACCAACAGUGGCAAAACAUAUAACGCUUUACAGAGAUUCAUGGAAGCAAAAAAGGGAAUCUACUGUAGUCCAUUAAGGCUGUUAGCUAUGGAAGUUUUUGAUAAAGUCAACUCUCUAGGUGUUUAUUGUAGCCUUCUUACCGGUCAAGAGAAGAAAUCUGUGCCGUUCUCUAACCACAUUGCGUGUACAGUCGAGAUGGUUUCCACGGAUGAGUUAUAUGAUGUGGCAGUUGUUGAUGAAAUUCAAAUGAUGGCUGAUUCUUGUAGAGGCUAUGCAUGGACAAGAGCUUUGCUUGGACUAAAGGCUGAUGAGAUACACUUGUGUGGCGAUCCAAGCGUUUUGAGUAUCGUUAGAAGAAUAUGUUCUGAAACUGGGGAUGAACUGGUGGAGAGAAAUUAUGAACGGUUCAAACCGUUAGUGGUUGAAGCUAAAACCCUUCUUGGUGACUUAAAGAAUGUGAAAUCCGGAGAUUGUGUGGUUGCUUUUUCAAGGAGGGAGAUAUUUGAAAUUAAAUUGGCGAUUGAAAAGUUCACGAAACACCGCUGUUGUGUUAUAUAUGGAGCAUUGCCUCCCGAGACCCGGCGACAUCAGGCGGCUUUGUUUAAUGAUCCAAAUACCGAGUAUGAUGUUUUGGUGGCUAGUGAUGCAGUGGGAAUGGGGUUGAAUCUGAAUAUAAGAAGGGUUGUUUUUUAUAAUUUGUCAAAAUAUAAUGGUGACAAAAUUGUCCCUGUUCCGGCAUCACAGGUGAAACAGAUUGCUGGAAGAGCAGGCCGAAGGGGAAGCCGGUUUCCAGAAGGGCUGACAACCACUUUGCAUCUUGAGGAUUUGAAGUAUUUGAUCGAGUGUUUAAAGAAACCUUUCGACGAAGUUAAGAAAGUCGGCCUAUUUCCUUUCUUUGAACAGGUUGAACUGUUUGCUGGGCAGCUUCCAAAUGCCACUUUCUCUGAACUUCUGGAAAAAUUUGGAGCCAAUUGCCGGUUAGAUGGUUCUUAUUUCUUGUGUAACCAUAGCAACAUAAAGAAAAUAGCUAAUAUGCUGGAAAAAGUCUCUGGAUUGUCUCUAGAAGACCGUUUCAACUUCUGUUUCGCGCCUGUAAACAUCAGAGACCCAAAAGCAAUGUACCAUUUGUCAAGGUUUGCAUCUUCAUAUGGGCAGAGCUUGCCCGUAAACAUAGCAAUGGGAAUGCCCAAGUGUUCUGCCCGAAAUGAUUCUGAGCUGUUGGAUCUGGAGACGAGACACCAAGUGUUGUCUACUUACAUGUGGUUGUCCAAUCACUUCGAAAAAGGGACGUUUCCGUACUUUCAGAAGGCAGAGGCGAUGGCUGCGGGUGUUGCGGAGUUAUUAGGGGAGUCGCUGACCAAGGCCUGCUGGAAGCCCGAAUCAAGAACGGUUGGAAAACCUAGGGUGCACAAAGAUACUGAUAAUAAUAGGGAAAGAUGGGGAAAAUCGUUACCAGAACAACAAGAGAAACUUGCUGCUUAAUACUCCUGAUGAGAUGUAGGAUUUUGUAAAUUUAGGUGCAAUUUUGGCCGACCCUGGUCAAAAUAGAAUGACAUGACAUAAGCGUGCUGCAGCCAUUUAUUAGGGGCUUCAGGCAUAUGGUUUUCAAGAGUGUGGUGUUGUUAUUUAUGGGGUAUUUGACUUGCAUUACAUCCCACUUUUUCAUGGUAAUUUGAGUUUUCACUUCAUGCUUCAAUUCCUGAAUAUCUUUCUGCACCUGGCGUUUGAAAUAUCUGUUCAAAGUGUUGUGAAGACUUAAAUUUAAAAGGAAAACUGGGAUGCAAACCACAACUUUUGCAGUACAAAUUUUAAUGAAUUAUAAUUAUUAUGGGUUCAAACUCAAAUUUGAAUGAAAAUGUGGGGUGUCAAGUCCAACUCCCCCUAUUGUUACUAUUACUUUCACCACCACGGCCACCGCCAGUGCUAUUGUUAUUCUAUUGUUAUUGUUUUGUAACAAAAUAGGGAAAAUCGCACUUUUAGUCCCUCAAAUAGUCACCAUAUUGAAAUGUCAGACCUGUGUUUCCGAGUUUGUAAAUAUCACCUCUCAAUUAUCAAAAUUGUUGUAAAUGUGGUCCUUUGAGGGGUGAAAUGUACAAUUUGGGUGAGGAGUACAUUUCACCCCUCGGACCACAUUUACAUUAAUUUGGACAAUUGAGGGGUGUCAUUUACAAUCUCCGAAAUACGAGUCUGACAUUUCAAUAUGGUGACUAUUUCAGGGACUAAAAGUGUGAUUUUCCCAUAAAAAUAUACUUUUGAUGACACAGUUGGCACAGAAAGCCCCAUCAUCACCAGCAUACUUGUGGCACUAAACAGAGUUUAGAAAUCCCUCACCCUACUGCCGUCAUACUCCUGCUCGAUAAGGGUGAUUACUCUCAAAGUUGUGAGGAUCUUAUUUGCUAUUAUUGUGGGUUUUGAAUUAGGCUGUGUUUACUCUGAGUGUUUCUACUUUCCAUACCCUUGUAUUUAAUUUUUGUUAUAAAGUCUUAUAUCUAAAUGUAGCCGCCUUUCUAUGAAAAAA